AUGUGGCUGUUGGAUCUUAAUGUUGGACGUGUGUCUGGUUCUCCGCCUUCGCUCUCUCUUCACGUUCGCAGAGUGUGUUCGACAGGCUCUUCUAAUCGCAUCGGCUGGUCUAUUCUCGUCGUUCGGUCGUCUCUUCCACGUAGCAAUGGCCGUCGGUGGGGGCCACGGAAAAGCGAAGCGGCGGAGACCACCGAUGUCGGCCAAGGUAAGAAGUCCAAGGUGUCGCGAUGUGUUCUAGGUGGGGCACCAAGUUGUGUGAGUGAUGACGACUUCGUUUCGCCACAGUUGGCAUUCUUUGCAAGGUUGGAACAAGACCCGUUGUGGAAUGUCCUUGAUGAUGAUUCGAUGUCCGAAGAGGAGUGUGCUCGCAGUUAACUAAACAUGUGCAGAGCAAUUUUAAAAUUAAUUUCUUCUAAUAUUUUUGAGAGGGUGUGUGCUAGCUUUUGUCUGUAAAUGUGUAUGACAGUUUGACGCCCGAUUUUGUGUAAUUUUUUAGCAACUAUGUUUGUUUUUUGGUUCCUUCACUGUUUGUUCAACAUGUUGUAAAUAUAUUUUAGAGGGUGUGUGCUCGCAAUUAACUAAACAUGUGCACGGCAGAUUUAAAAACAAUUACUUAUUAUAUUUGAUAGGGUGUGUGCUUACAUUUGUCUGUAAAGGUGCACGUCAGU